AAUUGAGUUUUCUUCAAUUUUCCUCUAUGUUUUAAAGAAAACGACCAUAAUAAUAAUAAAAAUUUUCUUUCUUUCAUUUUUUGAUACAAAUUAAUUAUUUAUAACAUCAUCGACCACACAAUCUCGGCAACGACACAUAAAACGAAACGAUAGAAUUUCCUGCCAUCAUUAUCAAGUGUCGAAAAAAAAGAAUAAUCUUUUGUGCUUUAAAAAAAAUUGGGGCUCCACACGUUAAUUGUUUGUUUUUCAAAUAUUUGCCAUGAUGGCCUAUCGUGGUAGAACAUUACCACCGGCACCGCCACCACCAUUUUCGAAAAUAUCAUCAAAUCGUUAUUCACAAUAUCAUUCAACAACUGAUUCAUCUUUAGGCAAUAAUCUUCAAGAUCAUCAUCAUAAUUCCAUUCGUUCUCGAUCAAUUUCAAAUAUAUCUCGAAUAUCGAAUUCUAAUCGUUCAACAGAAUCUGUACCAUCGAGAAGUAGUAGUAUUUCAAAUUCCAGUGCCAACAUGGAUAAUGAUUCAUUUACACCACAUUCAUUAUCACCAACUAGUCGUUUGUUAGAUGAAUUUGAAACCAGUAAAAUUGAAAUGUUUUAUCGUUCACAUCGUACAUUCGUUUAUGUUGGCCAAUGUUUAGUAACAUUAUUGUUUACUGAAACUGAACUAGUCGAUGGUGGCCGUCAAUCAAGGCCUAAAAGUAAAAAUUGGAAACAAAUAUGUCAUGGUGUACCUGUAUUGUUAUUUAAUCGAGGUGAUACACGAUCACGUGAUAAAAGACAGAUUCAAAUCUGUAUCGCUGAACAUGGUACCGGUUUUCAAUUAUGGACCGAUAUUAUUGAUAAUCUUUCAAAUUAUCAUGCAUUAAAACCAACAUUCCAUACAAUGUAUUUAUCAAUGGAUCAUCGAAAAAUGGCCGGUUUUCAAUUUGAAAAUCAAUUCGCAGCAUUAGAAUUUUUUCGUCAAAUUGAAAUUGUCACUGAUAAUCCAUUGAACAUAUCGUUGACCGGACCAAAGGCUGCAAAAAAAUCUGGUGAAAAAUUUCGAAUAUUUCGAAAACAACGAUCAAAAAGUGUUGGAAGAUCAAGCGAUAUUCAUAAAGCUCCCUCGAAUGAAUCAUCUCCAUUUUAUGAUUUACCUGAUCAUAGCAGGAAUAAUAAUCAUCAUAAAAAUAAACGAUUGCCAGGAAAAAUGGAUAUAUCGGCACCUUGUCUAUUUCAACAUGUGACUAGCGUUAAUCUACAUAAUUUCAAUCAAUUUGAUUCGACCACACCAGGCCAUAAUAAUAAUUCAGAUGAUACAAUACAAUCAUCAUCACAAUCAGAUUUUGAAAAUUGUUCACGAAUUCGUUCAGAUUAUUCAACACCAUUACAAUAUCAUCAUAAUCAUCGAUCAACGACGUCUUCUUCGACUAGUGCCUAGCAAGACUAAAAUUAAAUGAUGACCAGGAAGAAAACAAAAUCAUUCAUGACCAUUCAUUCUGUGCCAAACAAUUUUUCCGGGAUCGACAUAUCAAAGGCAGAACCAAUUACAAAAACAACAAUAUCUUUUUACUG